AUGAAGUCGUCUUCGUCGUCGUCGUCGUUUCCAAGCGCGUCGUUGCUGCCCAAGGAAGAGACGCUCGCCACGGACUUUCUCGCGCAGUUUCCAAGCUACGAUGGCCGCAAUGCCGUUGUCGCGAUUUUCGACACGGGGGUUGAUCCAGGCGCGAUCGGGCUGCAAACGACGUCGGACGGGCGUCCCAAGAUCAUUGACAUUGUGGAUGCCACAGGUGCGGGGGACGUGGACAUGUCGACCGUCGUCGAGGCUGUAAAUCAGACACUGACGCUUGCAAGCGGUCGCGUCUUGGCGCUCAAUCCCGAGUGGCCUCUUAGUCCGAAUGGCUGUUACCACGUGGGAACGCUCUUUGGCUUCCACGUGUUCCCGAAAGACCUCGUGACGAGGCUCAAGCGGGAGCGCAGAGAGGAGAUGGACGCUGCCCAACGAGCUGCUGUGAACCAGGUGCAAGAGGAGCUUGCCCAGUGGCAUGUGGACAAUCGAGACGCGAGUCGAGCGAAAGACGGACGUGGGAUUGCAAGUGCCGAGCGAGCAAAGAAAGAUCUGGAGACGAGACUCGAGCAGCUGCAGGAGUUCUGGGACAAGGAGUUUGACGACCCGGGACCGAUCUACGAUGCAGUCGUUUUUCACGAUGGCAAGAGCUGGCGCGCCGCAAUCGAUACGACGGAAACGGGGAAUUUUGCAGGUGUCCCGACAAUGACGAAUUAUCGAGAGGAACGAGAGUUUGCCACAUUUUCGGCCGAGUCGCAGCUUAAUUACGUCCUGAAUAUAUACGAUGACGGCAAGACGUUGAGUGUCGUCAACGACGUUGGAGCUCAUGGGACGCACGUGGCUGGCAUUGUUGCAGCGCACUAUUGUGACCAACCCGAAUGCAAUGGUGUCGCUCCUGGUGCGCAGAUUGUUGCCGUAAAGAUUGGCGAUGGCAGGUUAUCUGGUAUGGAAACGUCUUCAGCAUUGAGUCGAGCGAUCUCAACAGUCAUGGAAUCGAAUGUCGAUAUCGUCAACAUGAGCUACGGAGAAGAUGCGUCGCAGCAUAACUACGGUCGCAUCAUUGAGCUCAGCAAGGAGCUCGUGGACGAACACAACGUGACGUUUGUGGUGAGUGCAGGUAACAAUGGCCCUGCACUAGGUACACUGGGGGCUCCAGGUGGUACGACUUCGUGCAUGUUGAGUAUCGGUGCCUACGUGUCGCCCAAGAUGAUGGAUGCCGAAUAUACCAUGCGAGCUAACAAUCUACCUGGAACCGCUUACACUUGGUCGUCGCGAGGGCCAACCUUCGACGGCGACCUGGGCGUCAACGUUUGCGCGCCUGGUGCUGCCAUUGCCCCGGUACCAAACUGGACCUUAAACAAAAAGCAACUCAUGAAUGGCACGUCGAUGUCGUCACCAAAUUGUGCUGGAAACAUUGCGUUGCUCGUCAGUGCCUUGAAGGCGGAAGGCGUGGAAUACACGCCAUACUCAAUCCGCCGUGCGUUGGAAAACACGGCAGUCAUGGUGCCUGGUGUGGAAGCUUAUGCCCAAGGCAAGGGUCUUAUUCAAGUGCUCCCGGCGUUCAAGUACUUACUGAGCAGCAACGCCUUUGACGGUACGAAGAAGUUCCCGUUACAUUAUGAAGUCAAGACGUCUUCAGGCAACGGAGAUGCUCGCGGUAUCUUUCUCCGGGAUAGUGUUGAUUUUUCUCAUGAAAGCACUGAGAUCGCUGUGACGGUGACCCCUAUUUUCCAUAAAAAAGCUGCUCAAGAGGACAAAAUCCACUUUGAGCAGCACGUGCGCCUUGUUCCUUCCGCACGUUGGAUUGACGUGGGACACAGCUUAGCUUUGAUGCAUGGCGGGCGAACAUUCAAGGUGCUUGUAGAGACGAAGUAUUUGACUAGUGGUGAGCACUACGGUGAAAUUGUGGCGAUAGACACUCAGAACGAAGCUCGGGGAACGCUAUUCACCAUUCCGGUUACUGUGCUUAAGCCCGAGAACGUCGAUUCAGUUUACAUGUAUGAGAACAAAUUCCAGCCUGGCGACAUCUCUCGGCGCUUCAUUACACCUCCCGUGGGAACUACAUGGGCAAACGUCAUCUUCUCGCGCGCUAGCGGAAACCGGGAGCGCGAAGUAGAAUCGAACUCGUCCGGCAAGCUUUACAUGUUUGAUGCGAUACAGUUCCAGCCAUUUACGCGCCAGAGUAUGUCAUCAUUUCGCAAGGCUUUUGUUCUGAAGCCUGACGGGGAAGCUGUGUUCAGUAUAGAUCUGAUGGGAGGUUUGACGACUGAGUUCUGCUUGGGUCAGUUUUGGAGCGCCCUAGGAGACUCAAUCGUGCAAAUUGAGAUUCGCUUCCACGGCAUCAAACCGGAUCAAGAGAAGAUUGUCGUCACCGGCGGCGAAGAAUCGCACAAAGUUCUGUUGUCCAGCUCCGUGCAGACCGAAAUGUUGGCUCCCAAGACGAUCUUUACAAAAUAUGUGCAGCGCAUCCGUCCGACCAUAGCAGAGAUCACUCCGCUAAGUUCAGAUCGCGACCAGUUUCCCGGCAAGCGCCAGGUAUACCAGUUGGUGUUGACGUACCAGUUUACAAAGAAGGAUGCCGGCAAGGUGAUUCCGAGCUUGCCGCUUUUGAAUGGACGUCUGUACGAGUCGCCUUUUGAAGCGCAGUUGAUGUUGAUAUUUGACGACAAAAAGCAGUACAUGGGCUGCUCGGAUGCAUAUGGCGAUGAAAUAAUGCUAAAGGAGGGGUCGUAUGUUGUCCGUGCCCAAGUACGACAUGAGGAUGUGAGUAAGCUCGAAAAGCUGAAGCAAAUGAUGCUACUUUUGAACCACGAGAUCGGAGAGAUAGCUGCACUAGUCUAUAAACACCAGGACGAUGUCGCGCUCGGCAGCAAGGCUCUUGACAAGAAGAGCUUGCCCACUGGGAAGUACGUGUCGGUAUUUGUUGCGGAACCUGCUCAUGACAAGCUGCCUACUGGGAGUACUGUAGGAGACCUCCUUACGGGCAAGAUUUACUUCGGCCAGAAGGACGGUGCGAUAAAAGGGAGUGGCAGACGCCCUGGUGGUUUUGAUAUCGCAUACGUCAUUCCUCCGGCGCCUACACCGGCUGAGAAACCGGAGCUGGUAGAGCUGAAGGACGAGCGUGACGAAGAAGAGCUUGCCAAAGAAGCCGUCCGUGACCUGCUGCUCGAGCGGACGACCAAACUGGCUGGUACGCCUGCCUUCCUAACCGCGUGGCAGCGCCUAAUCGACCAGUUUCCAGACUACCUACCAGCACUGCAAGCAAAGCUGCACCACUCUGAUACCGAAGCCAGUCGAUUGUCUCAUCUCGGGGAAGUGAUCGAGGCUGCUGAUACAGUGCUUGCUCAGAUCAAGCAGGAUGAGUUGGCGCUGUUCUUUGGUACUCGAAGUGUUCCUGGCGAUCAACCAGCGGUGGAGAGAAAGGUGCGCAAGGAAAAAGAGAAAGAGAAAGCGAUUCUAAUCGACGCUCUCGCACGCAAGGCCCGAGCUCUUGGCAACACUGCCGACUCGUGGGAAGACUUCUUACAGGUAUACGCUGAUCUUCAGAAGUGGGCAGACGUUGAAGAGUCAACGCACCUUCACGUGGCGCUGCUGCACGAUCGACACUUCGGUGCUUUUGGUCUUGCGCUGCAGCGACUGCGCAAGGUCAAAGCGUUGACGCGGUCGGAGAUGGUCAAGAUCAUUUCAGAUGAGAAGCUUGCCGCUGAGAUUGCCAAUACCCUCGACGAGUUGAGUUGGACGCACUGGGCAAAGUACGAGGCCCAGUGGGAACGACGCCGCUCACCGUUAUCCUACCGGAAAUUCUAG